GGCCGCAGCAGCGGCGGGCGUGGGCAUGGCGCAGCGGGUCUUCAUCCUGCCCAGGCAACAAUCCCUCUACCCGCCCAGCGUCCUCAACCCCUUCGUGCACCGGCAGCGUCUGAGUGCGGCCGACAAAGCGCGGAUGAUCUUUUUGGGAAUUAUUCUGCUACCACUGCGGAUCGUAUGCAUUGCAAUAAUUUUGCUUCUAACAUGGCCUUUUGCAGCAAUUGCAACUUAUUCCCAGCCUCCGGGAGGGUCUGCACCACUCAAGGAAUGGAAAAGGAGAAUGAUUCAAAUCGUCCUCAAGGGCCUAGGACGUUCCAUGUUCUUUUUGAUGGGCUUCCAAGUUACAGUGAAGGGGAAAGUAGCAAGUCCGUUGGAGGCCCCCAUCUUUGCUGUAGCUCCACACUCAAGCUUCUUUGAUGGGAUAGUCUGUGUCUUGGCUGGCCUGCCUUCAAUGGUAUCCAGACCAGAGAACCUGGUGGCCCCAAUCUUUGGCAGAAUUUUAAGUUCCCUUCAGCCUGUACUGGUAUCACGUCAAGACCCUGAUUCUCGAAGAAAUACAAUCAAUGAAAUAACAAAACGAGCAACAUCAGCAGGCCAAUGGCCACAGAUCCUGAUUUUCCCAGAAGGCACCUGUACAAAUCGUUCUUGCCUCAUCACCUUUAAACAAGGUGCCUUCAUUCCAGGAGUUCCUGUGCAACCAGUGCUGCUCCGAUACCCAAAUAGGAUGGAUACUGUGACUUGGACGUGGCAGGGCUAUUCAUUCAAACAACUUUGUGCUAUGACUAUGUGCCAGCCAUUCACAAGAGUAGAAGUUGAGUUUCUGCCUGUCCACAUUCCUACUGAAGAAGAGAAGAAGGAUCCUGUUCUUUUUGCCAACAGAGUCCGUAACAACAUGGCUACUGCCCUGAAUGUGCCAACUACAGACCACACUUUUGAAGACUGCAGACUAAUGAUUUCAGCAGGACAGCUGACCUUACCUAUGGAUGCUGGGCUGGUAGAAUUCACCAAAAUUAGCAAGAAGUUAAAUCUAAAAUGGGAUCAUAUCAGGGACCAGUUGGAUACAUAUGCUGCUAUUGCAGGUGCCUCCAAAGGUGGGAGAAUUGGAAUUGAGGAGUUUUCAGACUACUUGAAGCUGCCUGUUUCAGAUGUUCUCAGAGAGCUGUUCUUACUUUUUGAUAGGAAUGGAGAUGGCACUAUAGAUUUCAGAGAAUAUGUGAUUGGUUUGUCUGUUAUUUGUAACCCUGCCAACACAGAAGAGACUAUUCAGAUGGCAUUUAAGCUUUUUGACAUGGAUGAUGAUGGCAUUAUAACAGAAGAUGAGUUUGCUUGUAUUCUGCGGUCAUCUUUGGGAGUGCCUGACCUUGAUGUAUCUAAACUCUUCAAGGAAAUAGAUGCAGAUGAAACUAGAAAACUCUCCUAUAAUGAAUUUAAAGACUUCGCACUCAAGCAUCCAGAAUAUGCCAAAUUAUUUACUACAUACCUAGAAAUACAGAGGUGCCAGCUGGAUGCAUCAGAGGAAGAUAGCUAUCAGUCCUCAGAAGCAAAACAUACACCAGUUGCAAAGAGUAAAACCCCAGUGUCAGAAACAACCCCAAUUGCAAGAAACCAAAUCUGUCCGGAAGGCUAUGAAAGUGACAACUUGAGCACCUCAGACAAAAAAGAUGACUGAGUAUAAACAUGCUGAUAACUUCGCACUUACAUUGAAAGAGAUGAUUUUUAAGAUUUUUUUUUUCUAUUGAGCAUUUUGGGUUUUGUUUACUAUUGUUUUUUUACUGUUACCUUAAUGUCAGUUUAUGGGGUUUUUUAAAUGUGUUGUGUUCUGACACAGUUUUGUCUGUAAAAAGAUUCCCACCUAGGUAUAUUUUAUAAUAAUACCAGAUCAAAGUAAAAUAAAUACUGUAGCCACUUGAUCCCUGGUAUCAGUAUCUCAGGACUAAAAAUGUUGCCUGCUGUGUUCCAAGUAAAGCCUUCGAAAGGUAGCAGAUAUUAUUAGGUUAGCUUACUGACUACUGAGGAGGAAAAGUAACCUUUUUGAAAGAUGAGGAAGCCAUUAGUGGAAGUACCUGAAGAACUAUAAACCAUAGAACAUUUCAGUAAAAAUGCCAGUCUCUUUUUGCUUAUACCCAAGCCCAUUACUGAAGUUUCAAAAUAAUAUCAGAUAUAAAAAUCCAAGACAAAUUGGUGCCAAAGCUGCUAUUGCUUAUCAGCUGUUCUGGGACCUUCCUUAACCUGCUGUGAAAGUUCAAAUAACUUUAUAAUAUAUGGUGAUUCACAGACUGGAAUCAACAAAGCCUACUAAAGAUAGAAUAAACUGUAUUUGUAACCAUGAAAAUUUAAUUAGGGUUUAAAGUUAGCAGAUAAUUAUUUGAAUGGGAAAGUGAAAAAAAACAGUCCUUUUUAAAUAAUGACUCAAAUUCCAUAUGAGAAAAUACCAGGUAAAUAAGAAAACAUUUAUUUCUAAUGGACACUAGACUUCAAUGAAUAUUUGAGUGAAAAUUCUCUCAAUAGAGGAUCACAACUACCCUUCUGGCAAGCUUUAUCUUGCCAGAUAAAUAUUAUCUGCAUUGUCAAGCCAUGGUUCCCAUAGUUAGAACCCCACUGUAAAAUAUGUUUUUAGAAAUGGCACUUGCAUUACUAUGCCAUUACUUACUGUGCUUGUUUGGCAUUUGAGUCAGGCCCACUGAAGUCGAUGGAUAGAUUUCAGUUGAUUUCAGAAUGCUUUGCCUCAGACCCUUAUUCUGCAUAUGUGAUUUUAAGAACCAGGUUUUUUGCCUCUGUAUCUUUACUGUCAUAAAUCUGUAAUAGGUUUAUAUUCUGAAUCCUAAACCUUUGAAAGAGUUACUUGCAUAACUACUUUGAUUCCAAGGGGAAAAUGGUAAGAAAAUUCCUGCUAGGAGAUGAACAAGAGGCUUAGGAAUAUAAUCUGAAAAGUCUGGACUGUGUAGUGCAAACAUCAACAAAAGACAUGUCCUGCUAAUUAAAUGUUUAGGAGCAGUAGUGGCUUCUGACUUUUGGACAACUGAUUGCAAUGUCCUAUUUAUGGUGCAUUAAUAUGUUUAAUUUUCCCUGUUUAUUUCUGGAAUACUGUAAUUUGCCAUAUGUUAUGUAUCCUUUAAAUAAAUAUUUUUUUAAAAGAGU